AAAACAAUUAGACAAGAUUCUUGGCUAAAGAAAGUGAAAAUAAAGUUUUUAAUCGUAAUUACUGUAAAACAAACCAUAGAAAUAGUGCACAAUUUUAAUUCAGAGAAAGGAAAGGCUUACCUACUUUUGUUUAUAAAACGACUUCGCAAUCAGUUUUUGGAUAAAAAGUUUAUUUUUAAAUGCCAAAAUUUGUUUGUUGACAUUUUAAACUGUCAAUCGCAAACGGAGACCUUUUAGUACUGCAUGUUGUACUAAAAUAACUAUAGACGUCAUCAUCGCACGCAUAAAGUAAUCACACCCUAAACAAAGAAAAUGAAGGAAAACCCCAAAUGAAACGGAAAAUAAACAAAACACAAAAUGAAAACUCAAAACACGCACAUCCACUCACAGUCGCAUAGGCAAUCUAGAAUGUGACGUAUAUACACAAAUGCACAGACGCACAGAUACUUAAAAAAAAAUAUCGUGUGUAGACGAAAACAUACAAACGGUGAUGUUAAUGUAAAUAAACUAAAACAAAAACCGGCUGUUUUUGAAGGACAUAACAAUUAAAUAGCUAUUAAGCAAAUUUAUUUCAAAUUGCUUAGCCUCUGACGUCAUUAAUACAUUUUUAACAAUCGUUUUGCCUUAUCCAACUCAAAUGUACAUUUAAAUUAUUCAAACCAUAGGCAUAACCAUGGCGUUUAAAAAGCACUUGAUUAUCUUAAGAUGUCAACUGAAAAUUUUUCAUUUUUUCCUAAUAUUUUUGAUGUUAUGUGAUAAUGUUCACAGUAAUCCAGAUGCGAAGCGUUUAUAUGACGAUUUACUAAGCAAUUAUAAUCGCUUAAUAAGACCCGUUAGCAAUAAUACCGAUACUGUUUUAGUUAAAUUAGGUCUACGUUUAUCGCAACUCAUUGAUUUGAAUCUGAAAGAUCAAAUCUUAACAACCAACGUUUGGUUGGAACAUGAAUGGCAAGAUCAUAAAUUUAAAUGGGAUCCGUCGGAGUAUGGGGGAGUGACUGAACUUUAUGUACCAUCGGAACACAUUUGGUUACCGGAUAUUGUUUUAUAUAAUAAUGCUGAUGGUGAAUACGUAGUUACAACAAUGACCAAAGCCAUAUUACAUUAUACUGGCAAAGUAGUAUGGACCCCACCGGCUAUCUUUAAAUCAUCAUGUGAAAUUGAUGUACGCUAUUUUCCUUUCGAUCAGCAAACUUGCUUUAUGAAAUUCGGUUCUUGGACUUAUGAUGGCGAUCAGAUCGACUUAAAACAUAUUAACCAAAAAAAUGACAAAGACAACAAAGUUGAAUUAGGCAUUGAUUUGCGUGAAUACUAUCCUAGUGUGGAGUGGGAUAUUUUGGGAGUACCAGCUGAGCGCCAUGAAAAGUAUUAUCCUUGCUGUGCCGAACCAUAUCCAGAUAUUUUCUUUAAUAUAACACUACGACGUAAAACUCUUUUCUAUACCGUAAAUCUGAUUAUACCCUGCGUAGGUAUAUCUUAUUUGUCGGUUUUAGUUUUUUAUUUGCCAGCCGAUUCGGGCGAAAAAAUUGCUUUAUGCAUUAGCAUUUUAUUGUCGCAAACCAUGUUCUUCCUGUUGAUAUCGGAAAUUAUACCGUCAACAUCUUUAGCGUUACCGCUGCUGGGAAAGUACUUACUUUUCACCAUGCUGCUGGUGGGACUUAGUGUUGUCAUAACAAUUAUUAUAUUAAAUAUACAUUAUCGAAAACCUAGCACACAUAAGAUGGCACCAUGGGUGAGAGCGUUUUUCAUAAAACGUUUGCCGAAAUUGCUAUUAAUGCGCGUACCUAAGGAUCUCUUAAGAGAUUUGGCGGCGAGCAAAAUUAAUUACGGCACCAAGUUUAGUAAGACAAAAUUUGGCAGAGCUUUAAUCGAUGAAAUGCAAAUGAAUUCGGAUAGUUCAAGUCCCGAUUCAUUACGACGUAUGCACAGUCGUAGUGGCGGUUGCAAUGGUUUGCACGCUAGUAGCGCUACAAAUAGGUUUUCCGGUUUGGUUGGAGCUUUGGGUGGUGGCUUAAGCAGUUUAAGCGGAUAUAACGGUUUACCUUCGGUAUUAUCGGGCUUGGAUGAUUCAUUAAGCGACGUUGCCCCUCGCAAAAAAUACCCCUUUGAAUUGGAGAAAGCCAUACACAAUGUCAUGUUCAUACAACAUCAUAUGCAGCGCCAGGAUGAAUUUAAUGCAGAAGAUCAAGAUUGGGGUUUUGUGGCUAUGGUGUUAGAUCGUCUAUUUUUGUGGAUUUUUAUGAUUGCCUCAUUGGUUGGUACUUUUAUGAUAUUAUGUGAGGCGCCCUCAUUAUACGAUGAUACUAAGCCUAUCGAUGUGGAAUACUCGGUGAUUGCUCGGCAAAUCUACAACCUUACUGAUAAAAAAUCUUAAGUAGAAAAUUCACACAACGCUUUUUUUAUUCGAGCUCUAAGUAACAAAGCCAAAGUUAACCUAUUGCUAUAG